CGGUUAAUGCACGAUGGUAGGGAAGAGCGGCCCGCCUUCCCCGAUGGCUGAGUGAGUGAGGAUGCGACUCCCCAGCUCCAUAUUUGUGUCGGUGUCUCUGUUCACGGCUGAGACCACGGCAGCCCUCUACCUCAGCUCCACAUACCGCUCCGACGGCGACCAGAUCUGGCAAGGGCUCACCCUCCUCUUCACCCUAGUAACGUCGGUGCUCGUGCAGCUAACGCUCACCUUCAUUCACCGGGACCUUAGCAGGGACCGACCGCUUGUUCUGCUGCUUCACAUCCUGCAGCUCGGACCCAUCGUGAGGUGUCUGGAGGCGUUCUGUAUCUACGGCAGUGUGGGCCAGGUAGAGGAGCCGUAUGUCAGCAUCACGCGGAAGCGCCAGAUGCCCAGGGGGGGCCAGUCUGAGGAGGUGGAGAGACAGGUGGGGCAGGCAGAGGGCAAGCUGUUCACCCACCGUGCCGCCUUCGCCCGCACCUCUGUCAUCCAGGCCUUCCUGGGCUCCGCCCCCCAGCUCACCCUGCAGCUCUACAUCUGUGUCCUGCAGCAGGGGGUGUCCAUCGGCAGAGGCACCCUCAUGGUGAUCUCCCUGCUGUCCAUCGUAUAUGGAGCCCUGCGCUGCAACAUCCUGGCCAUCAAGAUCAAGUAUGACGACUACGAGGUGGACGUACGUCCCGCUGCCUACCUCUGCAUAUUCCUGUGGCGCAGCUUCGAGAUCGCCACACGCGUCACCGUCCUGGUCCUCUUCAGCUCCGUACUGCAGCUCUGGAUCCUCCCUGUGGUUCUGCUCAACUUCUUCCUCUUCUUCCUCUACCCGUGGAUGCUGUUUUGGCAGAGCCACUCGCCCUUCCCGGAGAACAUCGAGAAGACCCUAACCCGGGUGGGCACCACCAUCGUCCUCUGUCUCCUCACGUUCCUCUACGCAGGCAUCAACAUGUUCUGCUGGUCGGCGGUGCAGCUGAAGCUCAACGACCCAGAUCUGAUCAACAAGUCUCAGAACUGGUACCGCAUGGCUGUGUACUACAUGCUGAGGUUCGUGGAGAACGCCUCUCUGCUUCUGCUGUGGUACAUCUACAAGACAGACUUCUAUAGGUUCAUCUGUGCUCCGUUGUUAGUGCUGCAGCUGCUGGUGGCCUAUGCUAUGGCCAUCUUCUUCAUGCUGGUGUUCUAUCAGUUUUGCCACCCCUGUAGGAAGCUCUUCUCCUCCAAUAUGACCCAAGGCCUGUGGGACUGCUCCGCCCUGCUCUGUCUAGUCUGCUACGCUCCUGAUAGGGACGCCGUCAGGCCAAUAGAGAAGGCUGGUCUGGACCCUCUGGCCCCCGACCCCACCCCCCACACGGAGACAGCCAAUGACACGUCAUAUGAUGUGGCCAAUGACACGGCAUAUACCAUGCCCAAUGACACAAUGACCUAUGACAUGCCCAAUGACACGACUCAUGAAGUGUUGAGCGAGAUGAACGGCGACGUAAGCCACAGUCUGUCCAGCAACACUUAAAGAGCCGUGAUUGGUUGUAUGUAGGGUAGGGCUGCACGAUAUGGGCAAAAACUCUAAUUGCGAUUUUUGGACCAAAUAUUGUGAUUGUGAUUUGACUUGCGAUAUAGAUACAAAACCCUUGGCUGAACUGUUGGAAUCAUUGAAAAUGGAAUGACUUAUAUUAAGAAACAAAGUGGAAAGUAGCGUUGGCCUUGUUUGGAACUGUUGACUGCAUUUGACCUAACAGAACAGCAUGCAAAUGUAUAGUGAAUCUAACAGCGAGGAGGAGGAACUGCACUGCUUGAUUGACCUGGGCUGGAGCUUGGUGUGUGUGGGAAGCAGUCGCAAUAGAAGAGAGAGAGAGACGACAAACCCGAGUCAACUAUAAAAACGGACGAUACACACAGCUUAGUGCCGUUUAAAAAUAUUGCAUGCGAUAUAGAUCUCUUGCGAUAUGGCUUUUGCAAAUGUCAAUAUUGUGAUUUGAUGUGAAUUCUAUUAAUUCUUCAGCCCUAGUAUAGGGUCAGGAGUGUUCCUAAACUUGUGACUGAACCAGGAAGAGGCUUUCCUGUUCAGGUCAUGUGGUCUGGAAAUACUCCUGGUCCUAGUUAUGUGCCAUUCAGAGGAAGGUGUACACACAGAGCAACAUUUGCUGUACUGUCUCCUUCUGUAAUCCUUUAAGUGCCAUAUGAACCCCUCUGCCCUACCUGUCAGUUAAGUUUACACUGAACUAGGGUUGCAAAAUUCCGGUAACUUUUCAAAAAGUCCCUGGUUUUCCAACCAGGAUUUCUGGAAAACCAGGGAAUUUUGGGAAAGUUACUUGAAUUUUGCAACUCUACUCUGAACCGUAAUCUGAACUAUACACUGAACCGUACUCUGAACCAUACUCUGAACUGUAAUCUGAACCAUACUCUGAACUAACCAGAACCGUAAUCUGAACCGUACUCUGAACCGUAAUCUGAACUAACCAGAACCGUAAUCUGAACCGUACUCUGAACCAUACUCUGAACCGUAAUCUGAACCGUACUCUGAACCAUAAUCUGAACCAUACACUGAACCAUAAUCUGAACCGUACUCUGAACCGUAAUCUGAACCGUAAUCUGAACCAUAAUCUGAACCAUAAUCUGAACCGUACUCUGAACCCUAAUCUGAACCCUAAUCUGAACCAUACACUGAACCGUAAUCUGAACCGUAAUCUGAACCCUAAUCUGAACCAUACUCUGAACCCUAAUCUGAACCAUACUCUGAACCCUAAUCUGAACCCUAAUCUGAACCAUAAUCUGAACCAUACACUGAACCAUACUCUGAACCCUAAUCUGAACCAUAAUCUGAACCAUAAUCUGAACCCUAAUCUGAACCAUAAUCUGAACCAUAAUCUGAACCAUACACUGAACCAUACACUGAACCGUAAUCUGAACCGUAAUCUGAACCCUAAUCUGAACCAUACUCUGAACCCUAAUCUGAACCAUACUCUGAACCCUAAUCUGAACCCUAAUCUGAACCAUACACUGAACCAUACACUGAACCAUACACUGAACCCUAAUCUGAACCAUAAUCUGAACCAUAAUCUGAACCAUAAUCUGAACCAUACACUGAACCAUACACUGAACCCUAAUCUGAACCAUAAUCUGAACCAUACACUGAACCAUACACUGAACCGUAAUCUGAACCGUAACCAGAACCCUAUGAUCUUAACCCCAUACCCAUAACCUUAUUCUACUGUGUGUCUCUAACCAAAUAACUUGAAUGCUAUCAUUCUGUUUAACCCUUAACCCCCAUUCUGUUAUCAAACCCCCAAACUGUAACCCCUUACUCCCCUAACCAAUGCUGCAAAGGCAGUAUCCCCUUGCCAUGGAGAGAGACUACAGCUUCACUGUUAGUGCAUAAUAGAAGAACAGGCAAUGUAUGAUAUCGUCCACCAGCCGGCUCUCUCUGAAUUUAGCCAGGGGAUGAGGUUAGGCAAUGUACAGUGAUUCUGACGAAGUAGUUCUUGUGAGAAUGUCCUCACGCAGUCCGUGAUGUUUAUUCUACCUAAACCAAUAUUACCGACCAACUACAGACAAAUCAUUGGAUGUAGUGAUUCUUCAGCAACGGACUCAACUACUGACAUAGUAUCAGUGUUUCAGUGUUGAACAGACUUUCCUACAACCAGAAUGUAACUUGUCUGCAGCCUUUUCUAUGGAAGUCAAGUCCUGGCGGUAUGGACAGAACGCUACACUCAGACAGAUUAAACUGGUCCGAAGUGAGUCUGCCACAAUAGCUUUUCUAAUGAGGUUUCCUAAUUUGAUUACGCAUUUCAUUGAACUAAAUACUUGUCUAUACAGUCACUCACAUUAAUCAAUCAAUCAAAUGUAUUUAUAAAGCCCUUUUUACAUCAGCAGAUGUACAGAAACCCAGCCUA